AAAUAGCCUUGCUCUCAGGAAUUGUGCAUCUUAACAAGAAUCAUAUCGGGUUCUCGCAGUCAGAAAUAUACAAGAUACAUAUCUGGGGAGGUGUUCAACAUGUUUUACAGUAAAGAAAUGGAGGACGCCGAUAUGAAAAGAGCCGAGGAUGCCACAAUCCUAUGGGCAAACUGGGCUCAGAAACUGAGAUUGGACCAGUUGAAAGAGAGAUUGGCGGCACAAAGGGAUGGUCGGAAGCCUGUAGACAUCAGUGUUGAACCAUUGAUCGAAACGAUAUUGUCCUCAUAUGCUGACUGUAAAGCCAAAAAAAUCACAUCAGUAUUUUUUAUUGCACUUCAUGUAUUCCGGCAAUUUAAUAGUUGGUCGGGGUUAUGCUCAGAAUCAGAUUGCAUGACAGCAGUAGUGUCACCAAUAUUGAGAGAAAUCAUGGCAAUUCAACACAAAAUCAAGUUCACAUGCGCCAAUGCCUGUACAACUACUGGAAAAACGAGAAAGGUAAAUCUCCAACAGAGUGGUCAGUCCCGCCAACCUAUUGGACAGACAAAGGACAGGAACGAGGUUUUUUUUGGCGAGAUGAAAGGAAAGCACCCAGGUUCAGAGGCUAUCAACACAGAUAUUCUCCGCCUUGCAAUAUUCACCAAGGAUUCAUUAGAUUUGCUUCAUAACGCUUUGGAGAGAGGACCACCACUUAUGACUUUCCAGACUGUGGGGUCUGACGUUGUCUUUUUCCUUGGCGCCAGAGUCAAUAAUACCAUCGUCCAUAUACGGCUGUCAACUGUGGGGCUACCCUCAAGCUUGACGGAAGUAGAGCUUGAUUACGACUUUUUUUCCACCUCUUUCAAGUCCAAACUCUCAUUAGCAUUACCAAAGAUUGCCUUGAGGAGAAACGCACGACACCGUUGCAAGAAGACUCUUUCCCAACUCUAGGAACUCCAGAACGUAAUGAAGCAUUGAACAGCACAAAAAACCAAGGAAAGUAAAGAAAAAUUUGCAAUGAGCAUUUCGAGUCCCUUUAGAUUUUAGAGGAAAGGAAAUAAAUAUUCAGUCCUG